AUGGGUUUCCAUGACUUUAGGGACUUUAAUCUUGCUUUGUUUGCCGAGCAAGGGUGGAGACUUCUCACAUGUGGUGAUAGCUUGAUGGGGAAAAUUUUCAAAGCUAGAUACUUCUCCUUUGGCUCCUUUCUUUCUCCUACUUUGGGAUUAAAUCCAAGUUACAUUUGGAAGAGUGUCUUUAAAGCCCAAAGUUUAGUUCGGGCAAGUGUUAGAAAGAUUGUUGGUGAUGGCUCUACAACAAAUAUUCUGUCUGAUCCUUGGUUAAAGGAUGAAUUGAAUUCCUUUAUUGAGUCUCGGCAUCAAACUCUUGUUGGGAAUGUUGUUAGUUCUCUGAUGAAGACCAACUUACUAGAGUGGGAUGAAGAAAUUGUCUCAGAUGUGCUAAGUGUGAGAGAUCAAGCUUUAAUUUGGAAAAUCCCUCUUACAAGAAGCUUUGGCAAUGAUACUUGGUAUUGGAUGGAGGAAGACACUGGUUUGUUCAUUGUUAAAAGCGCUUAUGCAUUGCAGGAAGUAAUUAAUGGUAUCAAUGAUAUGGAUUCAAAUUCGGGGAUUUGGAAACAACUUUGGCAGUUGAAACUCCCUCCAAAGGUUCUUAAUUUUUUUAUGGAUAGUCUCUUCUAA